AUGUCUAAAUUUAACAUCCAGCCUGUCGCCCGCUUUGCUGGCGAUAGCCACCCUGUCAAGCGUCCGAAGGAAAUAGCUUGCUUCUCCUACGAUGACAACCACGAGUUCCACUUGGGAUACUCGUCAAUGAAAUGGUACUAUCCGCCUCAGCUGGGUACCGAUUUGUCAAAAGGAUUUGACAAGUUCGACAAACAUGAUGACUCUGCAGAUGAGCAUCUCGAUAGUCUUCUGCGGACCAUUAUGGCCCAUGAAGAAGAAGAAGGCAAGAAAAUCGAUGCGCAGAUCGUCACAUGGCGGGGGAUGAUCACCAAGAUCAUGUCAUCCCCAUUUGAGGACCGAGAUGGAUUCGAAAUGAAUGCUACUCUAUACCAAGUGCGCGAUUCUGAUGCUGAUCUGAAUAACAAGGAUUGCAUCAGUUUUAUCGAGGAGAACCAUGAGUAUAAGCAGGCGUCAAUGAAGGAGCAACGAAAACAACAAAAAAAGCAAGCAAAGCGUGGCGGGCAAUCACAACCACAGUUCUCACCCGAUGUGAUGUCAUUCUGGGGUUACAAAUUCGAAACUCUGUCGACGCUACCCGCUACCUGGGCUGAGACCAGUCGAGACUACAUCGAAAGUCGAGACGAGCAAGUUGUCAGCAACAAGGCACAGUAUUGCUCAGUUGUACGCACCGGUUUCGGUAAGACAAUCAUGUGUCUUGGAGGUGAAGUCGAUGCUCUCUGGGAUUCCAAGCCUAUGGCCCACGGGGCGCCCAUCAACUGGGUCGAACUCAAGACCAGCGCCGAGAUUCGCGAUGACAGAGGCAUGGCGAAUUUCGAGCGGAAACUCAUGAAAUUCUGGAUCCAGUCGUUCCUGCUCGGUGUCCCAAGAAUCAUCGUGGGUUUCCGUUCACAGCGAGGAAUCCUCACUAAGAUCGAGGAGAUCAAAACGGAGAGCAUUCCGAUCACGGCAGCCCAGCGCGGUGUCAAGACGUGGAACGCAAACAUGUGUAUCAACUUUGCUAGCGGGUUCCUGGAAUGGUUGAAGCAGGUGAUUAAUGACGAUGGAAUCUGGCGUAUCCGGAGACAGCCGAAAUCACAGACUAUUGAGGUGUUCCGAGUUGAGGAAGCUGGGCAUGGGAGGAUCAUCACGGACGAAUUCAUCAACUGGCGGAUAAAGUUGAGCCUGAAGAAGGUUGAUAGUACGUAAGGGAUUGUGAUGUUCAGCAUGCAAGCCCCAGGCCAACCUUGGGACUCCAUUGCAGCGGAUACACACUCAAGGGUCCGGAGCGGAUUGGUCUUGUGCACCAUCGUCUUGUAUUGCACAUGCGCAAAAUUUGGACGAGGUAAGGAACAUAAGGAAGUAUGCCGACUUUGGCAGCCCGAAGUCCCAUCAGCCAUUGCCAGAACGUGGGCGUGGGACUGCACCUAUCUAUUAAUGCUUGAAGUACGAAUCUUGCCGAUGUAGCAUAUUCGGCCAUGGUCAGAGUUCCGUUCGGCAUGUUUACCAACAGGUAGAGGAGAGCAGUAACUAGGCUUUCGGAGUAAGGUCAUCCUGGGAGGUUGGAUACAUAGUUGGUAGCGAUCAAAAGACAUUGGGCGUGUUUUGGCUUGCUUCUAUUUCUAUAUAUGUAGUCCGAGGCCACGACGCGUGUCUUGCUA